AAAAAUGUCACUUCUGAAAAGAGAAAAAAUGACAAGACCAACAAGGUGGAGUCCAACUCCAGAACAACUUAUGUUCUUGGAAGAAAUGUAUAGGAAAGGUUUAAGGAACCCAAAGGCUACACAAAUACAAAGUAUUACUGCCCAUUUGUCUUCUUUUGGGAAAAUUGAGGGGAAAAAUGUGUUUUAUUGGUUUCAAAACCACAAAGCUAGGGACAGGCAGAAGCUUAAGAAACACCUCCUUGCCCAAAUGAACCAACAACAAAUUUUAGCUCAAUAUCCCAUUGAUGCUUAUAGCACUACUACUACUAAUAAUUCCAAUAACACAAACACAAAUGGCCUCUUUUACUGCCCUACUGAUCAGUACUGUCAAUAUUCUUCAUAUGGUGUUAACCAAAUAUUCCCUUUUACAUCUUCUGGGCUUCUUCAAGAGGGUAGCAUCAAAGAUGUAUCAUCUCAAGUAAUGACUUACCUAUAUCCAAUGGAUCUCUCAAGACCAGCUGAGAAUAUGGAAAAUUGCAUGAUAAGACCACAUGGAAAAGAUUGGAUCGUGAUGAUGGACAUUAGUCCUAAUAAUUUAGCUUCUUGUGUCAAUAGAUCCCUCAAGACCCUACCACUUUUUCCCAUAACCAAUGACCUCAAGGACCAGAAUGCAUCUCCCACUUUAAGUCUAGGAGUUUAAGUUUUAUAUAUCGUCUGUGAAAAUAGUUUUUUACACCAUCAAGUCAUUAUAUACAGAGAUAACCUUCCUUAUAAUGUGAGAUUUGAAAAUUUGAAAAUAAGAUAUGUUACGUUACCGGCUAUAACAAGUAAAGAUAACUUGAUGGUGUAAAAAACAAUCUAAACAGAUGGUGUAUAUUACUUAAACUCGUAGUCUAUACUAAUAGUCACUUUGCAUGAUCUCCAUGCGCGGUAGAAUUGUCUUGUCUUUUAGAAUUCUUUGCUUCUGAAAAAAAGUGGCGUAGAAUAGUGCCUGUAGUUUAACUGUUUCAGUGUGUCCCUUGUAAAGAGCUAAAAUAAUAUUGGAGUGUU